AUACCCCAAAUAUUUUUAUUUGUGGCAACAAUCCAACCCAAAGAACUGGUGAACCAAAUAAUCAAAACUUACCGGAAUAUUCAAGAUUAUAUUGUGAUGCAACGAAACGCGUUCCGAGCAUUCGGGCAGAGUGUAUUCAGUCUUAUGUUGUCCCGGGCAAGUCGCGAUUCUGGUGAGUUGCAAUUCAAUCCGGAUCUGCUACUUCCGGAAUCGAUGGAAGGUGACGAGGACCUAUUCCGAUCGGUACGACAAGAGGUAGCCAAAGCCGAAGCCGAGAUUUACAGUACCACGGAGAAUCGAAAGUCAAAGAAAAAAGGAAAAUCGGGCAAGAAAAAGACCUCAAAAACUGGCAUGGGCCAAAAGACGUGGAUUAAAAAACCCCAAUUCUCGCCCGGGAAAGCAACGAAUGCUCAUAAUGUGAACGCCGCGUUGUCAGUCAACGACGACUAUGGGCGAUUUGCAAGCUCUAGUAGCAGUACGGACACCAUGUGA